AAAUAUUUUCAUGACACUGAAGCACUGUCCAUGCAGAAUCAAAUAUUCUCAAGUCUGCCCAAAAAACAUGCAGUCUUUAAGAGCCUGCUAAUAUGAAUCUGAUCUUUCAUUGUUAGUACAAACUCAAAGCCCAGGAGAUCAACACUUUACACCCAACAGAAAGCAGCAUAAUUAAUGUUAACUCAAAUUCUCCAGAGUUCUCAGUUCGGAACUUCUUCACCGUCCCUUUGGACAAUCGUCAAUGGAGAAAUCUGGUUACGGCCGAGAUGGGAUUUUCCGGUCCCUGAGGCCUCCUCUGUCGCUUCCCAAGGACCCGAAUCUCUCCCUUGUUUCCUUCCUCUUCAGGAACACUUCUGCUUACCCCAACAAACCGGCCCUUAUUGAUGCUGAUUCGGGUGAAUCCCUCUCCUUCUCUCAAUUCAAAUCCCUUCUCAUUAAGCUCUCCCACGCCUUUCUCCAAUUGGGUAUUAAGAAAAAGGACGUCGUCCUCAUCUUCGCCCCCAAUUCAAUCCAGUUCCCUAUCUGCUUCCUCGCCGUCACCGCCAUUGGCGCCAUCGUCACCACCGUAAACCCCAUUUACACCGUCAACGAACUUUCUAAACAAAUCAAGGAUUCUAAUCCGAAGCUUAUUGUCACUGUCCCUGAAUUAGUAGACAAGGUUAGGGACUUUGAUCUUCCUGUAGUUUUAUUGGGAUCCAACACCCAUCAACAACACUCCGGAGUCAAACCCAGUAGAAAGGUUCUUCAUUUUCAGGACCUUCUUGAUUUACCGGGAAAAGUUACGGAAUUUCCCCCGGUUUUCGUCAAGCAGACCGAUACGGCGGCGCUAUUGUACUCUUCGGGGACCACGGGGAACAGCAAGGGAGUUAUUCUAACGCAUGGAAACUUCAUCGCUACAUCGUUAAUGGUGACUAUGGAUGAAGAGAUUACCGGCGACAUGCACCGGGUGUUCUUGUGCGUGUUGCCCAUGUUUCACGUCUUUGGAUUGGUAGACAUACUCUACUCAGAGCUGCAAAAAGGGAAUGCUGUGGUUUCCCUCAGAAAGUUCGAUUUCGAGGUGAUGUUGAGGUGCGUGGAGAAGUACAAAGUCACUCAUUUGUGGGUUGUGCCCCCAAUUAUACUUGCCUUGGCUAAGCAGAGUAUGGUGAAGAAGUUCGAUCUUUCCUCCUUGAGGCAAAUUGGGUCUGGUGCGGCGCCUCUGGGGAAGGAAUUGAUGGAGGAGUGUGCUAAGAAUUUUCCACAUGCUAUAGUUCUUCAGGGCUAUGGUAUGACUGAAACCUGUGGCAUUAUUUCGUUGGAGAGUCCCAUGGUUGCUGUUCGGCGUUCUGGUUCAGCUGGAACUCUUGUUUCAGGAGUUGAAGCUCAAAUAGUUGGUGUAGAGACUCUAAAGCCUCUCCCUCCUAAUCAGUUGGGGGAAAUAUGGGUGCGGGGACCCAAUAUGAUGCAAGGUUACUAUAACAAUCCACAGGCAACAAAACUUACAAUAGACAAGAAGGGCUGGGUACACACUGGAGAUCUUGGAUAUUUUGAUGGGAAUGGGCAACUUUAUGUUGUUGACAGAAUUAAGGAGCUCAUCAAGUACAAAGGUUUCCAGGUUGCACCAGCAGAGCUAGAAGGGCUGCUAGUUUCUCACCCUGAAAUUUUAGAUGCUGUAGUCAUCCCAUAUCCAGACGCUGAAGCUGGUGAGGUCCCGGUUGCAUAUGUAGUUCGAUCUCCCAACAGUUCCCUGACUGAAGAAGAUGUUCAAAAUUUUAUUGCUAAACAGGUGGCACCUUUCAAGAGAAUACGGAGAGUAACAUUCAUAAACAGCGUUCCAAAGUCUGCUUCAGGAAAAAUUCUGAGGAGAGAGCUGAUUGCAAAAGUAAGGCCCAAAAUGUAGGGUUCUAUCAUUAUCGUUGUUGGCACACAGAAGACUAUUCUGCAUGCACAUUGUAUUCAUUGUCAAUAAAAACAUUAUCUUCAUAACAAAUUCCAAAUGUCAGCUUGUUAUAAUCUUUCGUUGAAACUCUGUUGCUUGCACACAAAUGCAAUAAAAACGACACGCCGAA